UCAGACUCCGGUGACUGACUUCCUCCUGUCGAUCACUGAUUGACGUCACGCAGCGGAAGCGUUCACACUUAUUUUCAUGCUAAUAUGGCAGCGCCGUCGGGUGGAGGCGAUACUGGCAAUGUCGAUGACCAGAUACUUGCCUUGGGUUCUGCACUUCUCAAUAACUUCGUCUAUGAACGGGUUCGUCGCCAUAGAGAUGGUGAUGGUGAUGCUGAAGUAACCCGGAGUCAGUUGGGUGGCGUUGAGCUGUGUGACCCCAGCCAUAAACGUCUUGCGCUGUGUUUGCAGCAGAUCGGAGAUGAGCUGGAUGGAAAUACGCAGCUGCAAGGGAUGUUAAAUGACUCUGCUCUUCAACCGACUCAAGACGUCUUCAUGAAAGUGGCCCGUGAGAUCUUCUCUGAUGGGAAGUUCAACUGGGGCAGGGUGGUGGCGCUUUUCUACUUUGCGUGCCGGCUUGUCAUCAAAGCUAUUUUAACCAAGGUUCCUGACAUCAUCAGAACCAUCAUAAGCUGGACUAUGUCCUACAUACAGGAACAUGUUGUCAACUGGAUCAGGGAACAGGGUGGAUGGGAGGGAAUCCGCUCCUAUUUUGGGACCCCCACAUGGCAAACUAUCGGGGUUUUCCUGGCCGGAGUUCUCACCACAGUAGUGGUGAUCCGCAAGAUGUGAGCACGAGGACUUGUAAGAAGGUGGAGAUUGAGAGAAGAGAGAGUUAAGACAGUGAACAGAGGGUGAGACAGAC